AAAACCAUUGAAUCAAAGAACGAAAGUACGGAACGACGGAUCUUAAAAUUAUCGCGAGACGCUGCGGAAUUGAGGUCGAGGUUAAACGCCUUUCUGCAAUCAUUUGGUAGACGUUCAUCGUGGCGAGAUCACGUGACGUCAUCAUCCGAUCACAUGAGCAUGACGUCACCACCCAACCACCUGACCAUGACGUCAUCACCUAGACACCACAAGACCACAUACGCGAUAUUCUUGAAACAAAACAGUAUCGAACAACCCGUUCAUGUGAAUAUAGCCUUGCGCGAGACGGAUAACGUAUUAAUUUAUUAA